GGCGGGCGCUGCUGGGCCCCGCCGUCCUUCGCGGAGGUUGGCGUUGGGGGAGAGCCGCAGAGAGGGGGAGGAGGAGCGGGAGGAGGGAGCCGGCCCUGUGCCUGUCCCUCCUGUGCCUGUGCCGAGCCGCCGGCGGAGGAGAGGGGCGGAAGGCAGGGAGCGGCCAGGGCCGGGCGGGUGCGGCGUGUCUCUCGUCGCCUCCCUUCUCUCCCCAGCUGGCAAUAUGGCUGCGGCCGCCGCAGCUGCCCAGGACGAGCUCAAUCAACUUGAACGUGUGUUCUUGCGUCUUGGCCAUGCAGAAACAGAUGAGCAGUUACAGAACAUUAUUUCCAAAUUCCUACCCCCUGUUCUCCUCAAGCUGUCCAGCACACAGGAGGGAGUUCGUAAAAAGGUCAUGGAGCUGCUGGUUCAUCUGAAUAAGCGCAUCAAAAGUCGUCCAAAAAUUCAGCUUCCAGUGGAGACGUUGCUAGUUCAAUAUCAAGAUCCUUCUGCAGUGUCUUUUGUCACUAAUUUUACCAUAAUUUAUGUUAAGAUGGGAUACCCCCGUCUACCUGUAGAAAAACAAUGUGAAUUGGCUCCAACUCUUCUCACUGCAAUGGAAGGAAAACCUCAACCACAGCAAGACAGCCUAAUGCAUCUUCUAAUACCAACCCUUUUUCACAUGAAAUACCCUGCUGAACCACUGAAAGCAGCAGCUUCUCCAUUUAAUCUUGCUGAAAAACCAAAGACUGUACAGCUGCUUUUGGACUUUAUGUUGGAUGUUCUUCUUAUGCCUUAUGGGUUCGUAUUGAAUGAAUCUCAGAGUCGACAAAACAUGCCCUUGGCUCAGGGCUCUUCAUCAAGUGGUGUGGGAGGUCCUGGAAUCCCUCAGCCCCCUCCAGGGAUGAGCUUUUAUGCAGCCAAAAGGGUAAUUGGAGAUAGCCCGUGGACACCAGAGCUGCUGGAACAGUGUAAGCUGGGGAUAGUGAAGUUCAUUGAAGCUGAGCAAGUGCCAGAACUUGAAGCUGUUAUUCACCUGGUUGUAGCCUCCAGUGAUACCAGACACAGUGUUGCCACUGCAGCAGACCUUGAACUAAAGAGCAAACAAAGUUUAAUUGACUGGAACAAUCCUGCUAUCGUCAACAAAAUGUAUAAAGUGUAUCUUGGGGAUAUACCACUGAAAACCAAGGAGGGAUCUGUUCUGAAACCAGAAAUGAAACGAGAGUCAGUCAGCACCCGUGUUAAAUUAAAGAUAGUUCCUCAUCUUCUGCGAUCCAGGCAAGCUGCAGAAACGUUCCCAGCUAACAUUCAGGUGGUUUAUGAUGGACUCUUUGGUGCAAACACGAAUGCAAAACUGAGAAGUCUGUCCUUGCAGUUUGUGCAUCAUAUUUGUAUCAUUUGUCCAGAAAGUAAAAUAAAGCCGUUAGGUCCAAUGCUUUUAAAUGGACUUACAAAGCUGAUCAAUGAAUACAAAGAGGAUUCUUUGUCCAUGAAAGCCUGCUUGAGCACUUUGGAGACAGGAUUGAAAGAUUCGAAACUGCUGUCAAUGGCAUAUUCAGCGGUUGGAAAGCUCUCCAGCCGAAUGCCUCAGCUCUUUACCAAGGAUAUAGCACUGGUACAACAGUUUUUUGAAGCUUUAUGCAAGGAAGAUGCUGAUACUAGGCUUGCCAUUCAGGAGGCCUUGUCUAUGAUGGUUGGAGCAUACAGUAACUUGGAAGGAGCCCAGCGUACCCUGAUGGAAGCUCUUGUAGCUUCUUAUUUAAUAAAGCCUGAAGUUCAAGUACGUCAAGUGGCUGUGAAAUUUGCUAGCACAGUAUUCCCUCCAGAUCAUAUCCCUUCCAGAUACUUACUUCUGUUAGCUGCAGGAGACCCGCGGGAGGAGGUACAUGGAGAAGCCCAGCGGGUGCUGAGAACAUUUCCUGGUAAAAAUGAAAAGGAGAGUUCUGGAAAGCAGAUGCCUUCGUUCCCUGAAAUGGUCCAUUACAUUCAAGACAAGGCCUCUCACCGAAUGAAAACUCCAGCUAAAUAUAUGACUGGAACUGCAGCGUUGCCUUUCAAUCCUGCCACAUUUGGAGAGAUAGUCCUGUAUCUGCGGAUGUGUCUUGCUCACAGUGCAGGUGUGGUGCCAACCUCACAGAGCUUGGCAGAUAUGCAAGAUCAUGCUCCAGCUAUUGGACGUUACAUAAGAAACCUCAUGUCUGGCAACCACAUAUCUUUUUCUUCCUCCUCCUCUUCAAAAAGUGCAGAAACCAACCCUGUACAUGUAUAUAUUGGCCUUCUUCAGCAGCUGUUAGCUGGUGUUGGAGGUUUGCCAGUCAUGUAUUGUCUUCUAGAAGUUGUUUCAGUGUAUCCAGAAAAACUAGCUACCAGAUUUGUAGACAAAAUGGAUUGGAUAAAGAGCCUGAUGAACACGAACAAAGAAGAAAUGCGUGAGCUCGCAGCCCUGUUUUAUUCUGUAGUGCUGUCUACCAUGUCCGGAGAUGAGCUUAGGGCCUCCUUGGAGCAGCUGAUCAAGAUGACAAAAGACAACCAUACCCCGGAGGUCCAACAUGGAUCCUUGUUGGCUUUGGGAUUUACAGUAGGAAGGUACCUGGCCAAAGGAAAAGUCAGAACAGCAGAGCUACAUGACAUAGAACAGCCAAACACUGCAGUCAUGCCGGAACAAGAACAGCUUAUAAAGUCAACAACAGAGACAAUAGGUUCUUUUCUGGACAGCACCUCUCCCUUCCUUGUGGUGGCUGCUUGUACAGCUCUUGGGGAGAUUGGCAGGAACGGCCCCUUGCCAAUCCCCAGCGAAGGAACAGGAUUUACAAAGCUGCAACUUGUUGAAAGCUUAUUGGCCCGAAUCCCCUCCAGCAAGGAAACAAAUAAGAUGAAGGAACGAGCAAUACAAACAUUAGGUUACUUCCCAGUGGGAGAUGAAGAUUUUCCCCACCAGAAGCUACUUCUCCAGGGUUUAAUGGAUUCUGUGGAGGCCAAACAAAUAGAACUGCAGUUCACUGUUGGUGAAGCUAUUACCAGUGCUGCUGUAGGAACCAGCUCGGUGGCUGCACGUGAUGUGUGGACAGUCACAGAAGAGGAAUACAUCCCUCCUUCAGAUUUGAAAGUGAAUGACGUGGUUCCCUGGGUCCUAGACCUUAUUUUGAACAAGCACAUUAUCAGCCCCAACCCACAUGUUAGGCAGGCAGCUUGCAUCUGGCUUCUGUCAAUGGUGAAGAAGCUGAACACACACAAAGCAAUUAAGUCUCAUCUCAAGGAUAUUCAAAGUGCAUUUGUUUCAAUUCUGUCAGAUAGUGAUGAGCUUAGUCAAGAUGUUGCCUCAAAAGGUCUUGGGCUGAUAUAUGAAUUAGGAAGUGAACAGGAUCAGCAAGAGCUAGUCACCACACUUGUUGAUACACUUAUGACGGGGAAAAGAGCCAAACACGAGAUGACUGGAGAAACUGUGGUGUUUCAGGGUGGCCUGAGCAAAACCCCAGAUGGUCAAGGUCUUUCUACCUACAAGGAGCUUUGUUCACUGGCUAGUGAUCUCAAUCAACCAGACCUGGUGUACAAAUUCAUGAAUCUAGCCAACCAUCAUGCCAUGUGGAAUUCUCGGAAGGGAGCAGCUUUUGGUUUCAAUGUGAUAGCUGCCAAGGCUGGAGAGCAGCUGGCUCCAUUUUUGCCCCAGCUUCUUCCUCGGCUCUACCGUUACCAGUUUGACCCCAACCUGGGCAUUCGACAGGCAAUGAUGAGCAUUUGGAAUGCCUUGGUCACUGACAAGUCCAUGGUUGACAAGUACAUGAAGGAAAUUCUUGAGGAUUUGAUCAGUAACCUAACCAGCAGUCUGUGGAGGAUCAGGGAAUCCAGCUGUCUGGCACUGAAUGACUUACUAAGAGGAAGACCUUUGGAUGACAUUAUAGACAAGCUUCCAGACAUCUGGGAAAUCCUAUUCAGAGUGCAAGAUGACAUUAAGGAGACUGUGCGAAAGGCAGCAGAACUAGCCCUAAAAACUUUAAGCAAGGUCUGUGUGAAAAUGUGUGAUCCCUCUAAAGGAGCAGCUGGUCAGAAGACGAUAGCUGUAUUGCUCCCUUGCCUCCUAGACAAAGGAAUAGUAAGCACAGUUGCUGAAGUCCGAUCUCUCAGCAUUAACACUCUUGUGAAGAUCAGUAAAAGUGCUGGAUCUAUGCUGAAACCUCAUGCACCAAAACUCAUCCCAGCCCUGCUGGAAUCCUUGAGUGUGCUGGAGCCUCAAGUCCUCAAUUAUCUGAGUCUUUGUGCAACAGAUCAGGAGAAAACUGCAAUGGAUAGUGCCAGACUUAGUGCUGUCAAGUCAUCCCCCAUGAUGGAAACCAUUAACAUGUGCUUGCAGUAUUUGGAUGUGUCUGUCCUGGGUGAGCUGGUUCCCCGGCUGUGCGAACUGAUCAAAAGUGGAGUAGGCCUUGGCACAAAGGGAGGCUGUGCGAGUGUAAUUGUGUCCUUAACCACACAGUGUCCUCAGGACUUAACACCUUAUUCAGGCAAACUUAUGAGUGCUUUACUUAGUGGCCUGACGGAUCGCAAUAGCGUGGUACAGAAGUCUUUUGCCUUUGCUAUGGGGCAUCUAGUCCGGACUUCCCGGGACAGUAGCACUGAGAAGCUGCUACACAAACUCAGCAGUUGGUACAUGGAGAAGGAAGAGCCAGUUUACAGAACAGGCUGUGCUUUAACUGUGCAUGCUAUGGGACGCUACAGCCCAGACGUCGUGAAGAACCAUGCCAAACAUGUGCUGCCAUUGGCUUUUCUUGGCAUGCACGAGGUUCCCGAUGAAGAAAAAGGAGAGAAAGAGAAUUCUACUCUGUGGACUGAAGUUUGGCAGGAAAAUGUACCCGGUACUCAGGGUGGCAUCAGACUGUAUAUGCAGGAGUUGAUAGCCAUCACUCAGAAGGCUCUGCAGUCCCAGUCCUGGAAGAUGAAAGCCCAGGGAGCAGCUGCCAUGGCAUCAAUUGCCAAACAGACAGGCUCCCUUGUACCACCGCAUCUGGGAAUAGUGCUCUCCGCACUGCUGCAAGGCCUGCCAGGGAGAACCUGGACUGGGAAGGAGGAGCUGUUAAAGGCCAUUGCCAGUGUCGUCUCUGCAUCCAAUGCAGAGCUGCAGAAGUCAGUGCCUGGCCAGCCCACCGUCAAUGAUAUUGUCCAGGCCGUCCUGAAAGAAUGUCGGAAAGAGAACCUAAAGUAUAAGAUGGCAGCACUGCGCUGCGCAGCUGGGGUGCUGCAGGCAACAAAGGAAGACCGGUUCCAGGAUCUGGCAGAUAUCAUCUUUCCCAUGAUAAAGAAGAACUCUCUUGAGAGCAUGGGCACAGGUUUACCAAAGCACGAUGAAGAGGACGAGGACAUGAGGGAGAAAGAGGUGCAGAUGGAGUCCCUGAUCUGUGCCUUCGAGACCCUGGGCAAAGCCUGGCCGAGGAGCCUGGAGACACAGCGUUGCUAUCGCCAAGAAUUUUGCAAGUUAAUGUGUGACCGUCUGAAACUCAGCACAUGGAAAGUGCAGCUUGGAGUGCUACAAGCCAUGAAUGCCUACUUUCAAGGGCUAAUGCUGUUUGAUGAGGAGCACUCAGACCCUUUGGCUUUGACAGAAAUACUGUUGGAAACCUGUUCAUCUAUCACGCAUUCUUUAGAAAACAAAAGCUACACGUCCAUAAGAACAGAAGCUUUGUCUGUGAUACAACUGCUGCUCACCAAACUGCAAGAAGCUCAACAGUGGGAAAGCCUGACAUCAGAAAGCAGAGAGCACCUCAUUCGUUCAUUGUCUACAAUGGCAUCAGAUAGCAGACCUGAGCUACAAGAGAAGGCAUUUAUAUUGAAGAAAACACUUGAAAGUCUUGACUAAGUUGUAAAACACAAAGUGCCAUGUAAAACAAAAACAAAAAAGUGCAGUGGUCUGAAAACCAAGUGGGAAAAUGAAGAUUACUCUGUAGCAUGCAUCAUUCCUGGCCAAAAUAAAAAAUGCCUUAAAUUCA